AUGGAUUUCGGGAAGUUAGAAAAGGGUAAAUGGGCCCCGAGAAUGGCUUUGCCCAGGAGCCCCAACAUGUACAAUCCUAUGCUGACAUACACUGUACGUUUUAAAAGACUGGAAGUGCAACCUAACAUUACUGUUAAUUAUUAUACGAUCAAUCGAUACAAAGAAGGAGAAUUUAUAAAUGGCCAAAUUACAGUCAAUUCAAAAGAACUAAUAAACAAAGCUGUUGCAGUAUUUCAUCGUUGUGACCCUGAUGGUAUAAAUUGCGAAUACUUCCAAAUGUGGACAUUAACAGGCCUUUGCAAUAAACUAAAGGAUAAGAAUCAAGUUUGGUCCCGAUGGUACGGUUCGUUUGAUCCACCGAUGGUUUGCCCAUUAAAUAAAGUGACUUAUCAACUGAGAAAUGCAACUUUUGAUCUUGGUGUAGCUCUACUGUUGUAUCCUCAAGUAACUGAUUACCAAUGGAGAGUAGUUCAAAAGUUCUACACAGAUGAUAUAUUUAUCGGUAGUUACACGAUGGAAUUUUAUUUUUUUGGCUACAGAAAAAAAACCAAGUCUGUUCUAAAACUACAAUGACGUGUUAUUUAUUAAGUUGAACCACAGCAUUAAAUAUA